UACAAGCUCACAAAUCGCCCUUUACUCGAUGGAGUUAAGUUUGUAUUACGUCAUCGAUCAUCCAAAACAAGAUUUCGCAAGAUGGCGUUGAACACAGCCCACAGUGACAGCAUCCGCAACGGACUUGUGCUUUAUAACGGAGAACGGAUUUUGCAAGAACAGGACAAGGUAGACUUGAGCUUUGAAAUCACCCCGAAACAUGAGGCCUUCAAAGGGACAAAAGAAGGGACUGUUUUCCUCACAAACCAGAGAGUGAUUUUUCUCAGCAAAUCCAAAGGCGGUGAUCCCAUGAAGUCCUUCUCAAUGCCUUUCUACUACAUGAAGAAUGUGGACAUCAAGCAGCCGCUGUUUGGAGCUAAUGCCAUAACUGGGGUCAUCAAAUCUCAGCCUGGAGGUGGAUGGGAGACACAUUCUAAAGCAGAAUUCAAGAUAGUUUUCAAGUCAGGUGGUGCCAUUGAGUUGGGGCAGUUAUUACUGAGAGUUGCUACACAAGCACCCAAGGUCCAACCGCCCAGACCCGGUGAGCCACCCAAACCCCAGCCCAGUGCUGGGUACACCGCUGGCUACCCAGCACCCAUGCCUGGCGCCCAGUACCCACCACCCAUGAUGGGUGGUUACGCCUACCCGGGGCAGACUGUGUACCCAGAGUACCCGCCAGGAGCCCAACCAUCGGAUCAACCCCCUCCUUACUCUAGCGUUUAUACGGACGCUAGCCCAUCAGCCCCACCCCCUCCAGGCCCAGCUUACUACAAUCCGAACGAUCCACACAACGUUUACAUGACACAGACUGCACCUUCCACUAUUCCGACUGCUCCGCCACCGGAGUAUUCCGAGAAGCCUAAGAGUAAGACAGACUGAGUCUAUCGUGAGCCGGAUGAUUCCUGGGUGAGCGUUCCUCCUAGUCUUGAAUCAAAACUGGAUUGGUAUUUAACUCCCUUAACGCAGCCAAAGGUAAAGGUCACCAUAAACGAGAUGAAUAAAAUCCAGUCGUGGAAACUUUGCCAGCACUACCCAGGAAAUUCCGAACUCAUAGUUUUGUUGGUAGUGCUGCCAAAGUUCCCAAAGCUGGAUUUGAUUCAUCAUAUUGAUUGCAACUUUUACUGCUGCAGAAUAAAAAUUCUGAAUACAGUCUUGGGCUAAGACUAUCUUCUUCCAUGCCUAGGGUAGAUCCAACAAAAUCUCUAAUGGUGGAUAUGUCGCCCUCUUGUGAAACACACAUCGGGGUGAACCAUUUUUAGUGCUUUUACAAACUCUCUCUAAGUGUUACCAUAAUGAGGGCCAAAUUUCAUGGCACUGCUUUACUAUAAACAAAGAAUCCUUGCAAAUUAUAGCAGGAAAAAAAUGGAGGGUUAGCAAGGAAUGCUUGCUUGUGUGUAUUCCCAUUACUUGGGAUUCUGUGCUUACAGAAUUUCUGUGCAAGUGCUGUAAGCACAGAAAGAUGAUAAUGAGUGCGGAAUUCUGUGGUAAGCGGAACUGUGAUAUUGGGCCAAAAUCAUUUUCCCAACUCCUUGGGUACUUUUGAUUGGAAUUCUUCUGCUGUGUAUGAAACUAAUGAGGCAAAAUUAUCUCUGUUACUUGUUAAUGACGGUUCAAGGAAUGCUUGAAUGCUAAAAUCGUAUUUUUGUUGGGAAAUUACCAGGUGGAGUGCUAGUGCAGGGUGUUUAUUGUAAAAGUUUACAAAUAUACAAACAAUUUUAUGACGUAUUUUUGGUUUGGGAGAAGAUGUAGUAGAGCAAAAUGUAAUUUCUGUGUAGAGUUGAUGAUUCAUGUUGUAUAAACUAUUUUAUGAAAAGAACGUUUUGAGGGUUUCAUUUAUUCGUCUUUAAGUUCGUGAAAUUAACCACAUAGUAUGGAUUAUUACUACACAAUCGAAUUUGUUCCUUGAAUCCAGUGCAAAGGGAAUAUUGAAUAAACUUUAGUAGAAAAUAUGGACACUAUCAGAUGCCUUCCAUGUGCUGAGAAUUAUCAUAAAAUGUUGCUAUAUGUUCUCAGCUGUUAAUCGAGAUAUUCAAUGUUUAUCUUUACAAAUCUAUAGUAAGUUAGGAGAUUUUUAAAAAUUAAUAAUAAUGUAAUUUAAAUUCGAUUUCGAAUUUUUUUUUCUUUUUUAAUUUUUAUUUGUUCUGAAAAAAAAUGUGAAGAAUUUUGAAUUUCAGGCAAUUUUUCGUGUUGGUUUGGGCAAGUUAGGUUUAUCGGACUUUGUAGUGUUUAUUUUUUUUCCCAGCUAAUUCUUUGAUUUUGGCAUGAUUGCUUUGGCACAUUCAUGCACAGGAUAAAAGGGACAGUGGCCAAUGCAAACAGAAGGUAAACAUUUUACAAAGCUACCCCAUAUAAAUAUACGUGAUGUGUUCCACAGGCAACAACCGAACAUCAUCCAAAUCUUUGCUUUUUAUAUAUCUUUGUGUUUUUCGUAAUAAUUAGAAAUGUAAUAAUAUAUACUCUUCAAGAAAUUGUAAAUGCUAUGUGUUGAAUUUGAUUUUAAAGUUUAAUUAGCUGUAUAUUUAUACUCAAGUGACAUCUAUAAAAGAAAUAAUAAAUAACGUAUCUUAGAUUAUAAGAAAAGGUAUAAAGGACAGACUGGUCUUGUUGCACAUGUCAUUUUUUUUUAGUCCUGCAAUUGCAAAAUUUCAGUCUGUUGUUAAAUUUAGCAAGUGUGGUGGCGCUAUACAAUUGUGUACACUGUCAUUUUUUACUUUACAUGUACAUGUGUAUACCCAAAAUUUCCUUCAAAAAUAUCGGAGCCCACUUACAGUUGUAAGCGAUAACAAUUUGUAGUACCCUUUAAAUAAAUGAAAAACAAAAACAAGGCUAAGUACUAUGAA